UGAAGCACUUUAACAGAUGGCGUUGCUGACAGAGCAGGAGCCCAGAAGUCAUGACAAACACGAAACAGUGCGCCAGCACAAACAAACAAACAAACAAACAAACAUGUCAGUAACAAAAACACUUAUUUUUUAAAGUCCAAAGUCUUACAUUGUCGUCGAUUAUCUUUGCUGUUGCCUCUAUAAAAUAUUCGAUCGGACUGUCCUUACGCGCAGCACAAUUGUGCGCAGCGCAUCCAGUCAAAGAACCAGCAAGCGGUCUUGCAUUAAAUACUAAACAUGUUUUCGUUUAUUUUUUAACAAAUGUCUCUAUUCCUUUUAACUACUGAAUGACGGCGCUUUGCAGUCAUUUCUAACACGGGACAGUCGGCUUCUCUCUCCUCCAGUCGACCAAUCGUGACGCAGCAGCGGAGAGACGCACCUGUAUAAAAGCGGAUUCCAGGUCAGCUGUCAUUCAAAGGGAAGCGAUGAAGAUGACAAGGCGCUGAGGAGGAGCAUAAACUCUCUCAUAUGGGGAUGUUCUUCGGGGCGCAUGUUGCGCGGUUUUAAAGAUGGAUGAAUUUUUCAACCAAAGCGCAGCGCAGAACCAAAGUUCCCCUGGAGAUGACAAGUUCACUUUCGAGGACAUCGACGUUAGCGCUGACGGCUCUCCCAUCCUAAGGAUAUUCAUUUCGGUGGUGUACUCUGUGGUGUGCGCCGUGGGUUUGGUGGGGAACCUUCUCGUGUUUUUCCUCAUGAGGGUUAGACAGGGUCGAAAAAGAUCCACUAUAAAUGUUUUCAUCACUAACUUGGCAGUGACGGACUUCCAGUUCGUGCUCACUCUGCCCUUCUGGGCUGUGGACACGGCUCUGGACUUCAGCUGGCCGUUUGGAGACGCGAUGUGCAAAAUCAUCCUGUCGGUCACAGUCAUGAACAUGUACGCCAGCGUCUUCUUCCUCACCGCGAUGAGCGUGACACGCUACCUGUCAGUGGCUUCAGCCCUGAAGAAAAGGUCCUAUAGAAGGUCACGGUGCGUGAAGUGGGUGUGCGUGGUGCUAUGGCUGGCAGCCACUGUGGCCACGGCUCCCACGGCUAUCUUCUCCGCCGUGACUGUGGUCGCUGGGGAAAAGCUCUGCCUCCUCAGGUUUCCAGAGGGACACGACUGGCUCGCUCUUUACCACAUCCAGAAAAUAUUAAUAGCCUUCAUCAUUCCGAUGUUCAUAGUUUGUGUCAAUUAUCUGAUGCUCCUGCGCUUUGUGAGGCGGAAAAGCAUGGACUGCAGCAACCCGAAACGGAGAUCCAGAGUCACCAAAUCAGUCGCUAUUGUCGUUUUGUCGUUUUUCUGCUGCUGGAUGCCAAAUCACGCCAUCACCUUCUGGGGCGUCUUGGUCAAAUUUAACGCAGCCAACUGGGACACAUCAUACUACAUGGUGCACACCUACGUGUUCCCUGUCACUGUAUGUUUGGCCCACACAAACAGCUGCUUGAACCCGAUCCUUUACUGCCUAAUGAGGCCAGAGAUCAGGAAGAUGCUGAGCAGCUUGUUUUGGAGAGCCUCCAGUCCCGCUCAGAGCAAAGCAUGCGCGACGCGCUCCGUUACGCACGCAGAAAUCCAAGGAAUGGUGCCUCUCCAGAUUAUAGACAACACGGAGUACACGCUGUCCAUCAUAGACCGCAAAGGCUCAUCAAGUUCUAAGUCGAUUCCAUACUCUCAUUGAAUGCAGCGUGGUGGGGGGAAAGCUGCCUUUAUUUUUGCUCUGUCAUCUGCCAUUGCUCGUGCGUAAUGUGUUCAUAACAAGUCUAGUAAUCACAUUGAUCUAUUUCAUACCAGUCACUUGGGAUGAUAAUUAAGUGCAAAGCCUACUGAGCCCUUUAAACAGUUGAAUCCUUCUGUGAACUUUCUAUGAGAUGCACCUUUUCGCUCUGGAGACAAAGAGACUGGGACACAAGGUAUCAGCCCGGCCACGUGGAGGGAGGCAGGGACUCUGUACUCACUGAACCUAAAAUAUGUUUUUCCAUAAUGUCCAUCAUAUAAAGCCUGUCUGUAAAUAAAUUGCUUUUCCAUCAGAGGAAGAAGUGGCUGAUUAUUUCUUCCAGCUAAUUACAUUCAUGUGUCAGCUUUUUGGUCUAUAAUUAAAGUAAUAAUAAUGAUAAUUCAUAAUUAGUUCAAGUUCUGUAUUGUAAACGCAAAAAUCAAGCAGUGCUCUACCAUUUCUGCAUGUAAUAUCUGUAUAUAUUUUUUAAAAGGGUUUAACAUUUUAUUGCCAUGGCUCUCAAACUGUGCAACAAGUACCACAUGGGCUGCCCUCAGCUGUAGUUUUAUGUGCAGGGCCACGAUAUUGGAUUUUUAGGUUGUCAAUUUUUUUUUUUUUUUGUACUUCAAACCUGGACAUUUCAAAUUUUCCACUCAACAAACUACAAAAGUACAGGUCCUGUUGUUGUUGUUCAUAAUUUAUUGUGAAUAAAAAUGCUAAUGUAAACAGUCUGGCUCAGUGUGCAGAUGAUGAUUUAAAUAAGAAAUACUUAAUGGAGCGUUAGGUUGAAUAGAACCUUUGAAAAAUGAUUGUCAUCAGUCAGGUACGUGAUCUGUUCUGGGGGUAACCCAAAGGAGAGAUAGCUCAUACAUUUUCAUCUGUCAUUUUUGGCUGCAGUUAAAACCCUCCACACACAAAUGAGGGAACCAGCCCACUGUACAGCCCAGAGGUGAGGGAGCCACCUGGAUGCAGAUGGCUUGACUGCUUCCAACUUUGUGUGCUGCUGUUUCCUUUCUUCCACCAUAUUUCUUGUUCUCUGCAUCUCUUUAUCUGUGUUGGCAUCAAGAGUUUUUGUGGGAUUACAAAACUGUGGUCAGAACACUUUUUCAUUCUUCUUGCUUCUUGAGGAAUGUAAAAAAAAAGAUGAAAAUGAGCCUGUUUAGUCUGUUUGGAUAGUGUCAGUAAGAUUGGAGUUCACAAGCUCUUGAAAUGAGACAAUACGUUCAAUAAAAAGACUAAUUCCAAAUAAGCUUGGUUUAAUUAAAUUUGUGAAUAUUUAUUGGAGGAUAACUGAAAGCUUUAGGCUUUCAGUCUCUUUUAUAGAGCAGUUAAUACCAUUACUGAGUACCUUUUAUAGCAUGUUGAAGUGUGUCAUUAUGCCGCAGGUUUCCCUCAGGGAAUGUCAUUGUUUUUAAGAAGUCUACAGCCCUUUUUUUCUAUCAAUUUACUGCAUUUGAUUUCUACAUACUUUACUUCCCAGUUGCCGAAAUGUUUUCAUAUGUUUAUGUGGUCUUGAACUAUAUUUCUUCAGGUUUCCUGGAGGUUCUUAGAAACUGUAUUUCUGUUCAAUAACUAACAAUUCCCACAAAUUCCACCAACAAUUUAAUCCUGAUAUUUAUUUAACUGACCCUUAAAUCCAAGAGAUGGACCAGUUUUCUUGUUUAAGUCAUUUAGUAGUAGAACAAGUGUUGUAUCUAUACAUAACAGACACAUCAGCAAAGAGCCGAUUUUUACAUUGUUCAGGUCGUAUUGUACUAAAAGCCUGUUGCAAACAGUGCAGUGAGUUCACUAAUAAAAAUGCAUUCAGAUUACAUGUUUUAGUCACACAAUCUUACAUUGCAUAUUUACCUAUCAGAACAAAAAACAUAUAUAAGAAUUUGCAUUAAUACUGGCAACGUUUUAUAUUAAGAUGUACUGCAGCUUUAAUGCAACAUAUUACUUAUAAUUGGCAUCGCUUUUAUAAGUAAAGGCACAGUGUCGUUAUUCGUUGUAAAUUGUUUCAGUUUGGUAUUGCUGGAUUUAUUGCAUGUCUUUAAUUGAAGUUGUUUGACUGAUAUUCCUUUUUGUUGUUUUUUUUCCUGCUAUACCUUAUUAACAUUUCCAAUUGCACCAAACAAAUCUUCCAAUCUUGUUUGCCUGUGGGCCUUAGUGUUUCACACACGGCACCAGUGUCUGAGGAGUACCUGGAAAACUUUAAUAGCUUUGAUGAUAUGAUUGUUUCACAAUGAAUUUGGUAUUUUAUGGAAAACUGCUCUGUGUGGUUGUGGAAAUAAAUUAUGGAGGUUAAAACCUAAGAUGCCAGCCAUGUGGCAAACCAGUUGUUCAAAAUGACUGGCACAAACUGAUGCUUUGGACCGGACUUUCCUUUCUGAGAUGACAGUUUUUUAGGUGCAAAAAGAAUUUCCUACAGAAGAUCUCAGUCCUGCUGUUUUAUCUGUUCUUGUGAAUAACAAUGUUUGUUGUAGACACCACCAAGCAAAUGAAAAAAAAUAGAACUUAUAUGAAUUAUAAAGGCACGGAUGUAAGAAGAAUGUUAUAUUACUGGCAAUAUAAUGUAACAGCAAAUAAA